AAAUCUUUGGAAUUUUUAUGAGAGUUUUAUAUGAAUCUGGAGCUGGAUGGAGUCUCCAAGCCACCUCCUCAGCCGCCACCGGAGAAGAAGAAGUAUGUGGUGCACGCAGACAAGGAGGAAUAUGACUUCGCAGCACAUAGGACCAUCGCGAGACCUACCAACACCUUCGAAUCCACGGGCCACCUCAUCAAGGGCUGCCUCGGAGGCGGGAUCCUAGGCAUCCACGAAGCGUACAUGAAAUGUGGGCUUUGGACUUCCCUGGUGGUCACCAUCAUCUUCGGCUUCUACAUCAGCUAUUGUGUUCAUAUCCUUGUGAAGUCAGCCCAGAUACUUUACAAACGGCUGCAUUUACCUGAGAUGUCGUAUCCAGAUCUGGCAGAGGCAUCAUUGGAGGUUGGACCUUUCCCCAAACUGAGGAAAUACAGCAAAUGGUUCAGGUACGCAGUCGACCUCAUCAUCUGCAUAGAUCUGUUCGGAGCGUGCUGCGUCUACCAGAUCAUCAUAGCCAAGACCAUAAAGGAGGUGAUAGAAUAUUCCGAAGGCCUACCCACGGGGGACAUAGACCAACUGAGGCUAUACGUACUGACUCUACUACUGCCGAUAUUGGUGCUGUGUAUGAUCACGACGUUAAAGUAUUUAGCACCGUUCUCGCUGAUAGCUGAUGUGUUUAUCGUGGUAUGUGUAGUCGCAACAGUGUACUACGGUCUUCAGACUGCUCCUGCUUUAUCCACUGUACCAGCUUUCAAGGACGCUGUCGGGUUCUUCGAGUUCUGUGGCAUAGUCGUCUUCAGUAUGGAGGGAAUUGGAGUUUCGUUGCCAAUUGAGAACAAUAUGAGGGAACCGAAGAAGUUUCCGCUAGUUUUGUGUGCGGGUAUGUCUGUAGUGGUAUCGUUCCUAAUUCUCGUCGGUUUCUUCGGCUACUGGGGUUUCGGAGAGCAAUCUACGUCACCGGUCACUUUGAAUUUCCCCUCUGAAAUAUUCCCAACAGUAUUAAAACUCCUCAUGGGUGUGAUGAUCUUCAUCACCUUCGCUCUCAACUUCUGGGCGCCCUUCAACCUCGUCUGGCACUACAUGAGCGGCUGGCACGACGUCAAGAAGCACUGGCUCUGGGAGAGGGUUUACAGAGCAAUCUCCGUCAUCAUUAUUACCAGCAUUGCCAUCGCUUUCCCCAACAUUGGGAAUUUGAUGGGAUUGCUGGGUGCCUUCUGCCUCUCCAACAUGGGUUUCAUCUUCCCCGCAUGCAUCGAUCUUCUGGUUGUCUGGGAGAGCCCUGGACUUGGCAGGUUCAAGUGGCGUCUAUGGAAGAACGUUGCCGUCAUCAUCGUCGGUGUGCUGCUCUUCUUCGCCGGGACUUACAGCAACGCUAAGGGGCUUAUUGCGAACUUGUGAUUUUAGAUGUUAGAUGUUAAAUAUAUUUUUAUAGUUA